AUGUCUCCAUCAGAUACUAAACAUCCAAUAACCCAACCCGAAGAUCCUGCGACAGCCUCCUCUAGCGAUCUCCCCCCCUCCUACGACGACGCCAUCACUCUCCCACCGCAAAGCGCCUCUCCCAUCCCCCCCGACGCCGCCUACUUCAUCCCCGACAGCAACACCCACCCCCGAAAAUCCCAAACAGACCUCAUCACCCUCAACCCGUCGUUAUCAUCAGAUACCCACGCCCUUCAUGAUCUCAUCACUCGCCAAUCACGGGUUCCGCCUCGCCCACGUCUCGCCGUCAAGGGCGUGCACACGGAGACCCGAUCCAGCGGGAAAGAUAACAAGACUGAGUCGGUGGUUGAUUUUAAUUUUCAGAUUGACCUCACGAGGUCAUUGUUACGAUGGGAUGAUGGGUCGCAGAACGAGCAUGGGACGCGGUGGUUUGAGGUGCAGGUCGUCGCGGAUGGGGAUGGGCAGAAGGCCUUUCGGGGUGGACGGUGUAAGUCGCAGAACUGGAGAGAUCGACGGAGGACGAAGACAAGUCCCGAUAUUGAGGGUAGAAAUGGAGAGAGUGAAGGGUUGAUGCAGAACGCUGGAGAGGAUGGAUCAUCGCCUGGAUUGUUGGGAUGGUGUGAGCGAUUCUGCAAUGAUCCGGCGCGGGUGAAAUCGUUCACCUUCAAACGUACUCUCCACGGGCUCGAUUCAUCCUCGUUGAACUCGGCAUUAACCUCCCAGCUCCGUUCGCUGAACUAUCGCGGCAACGUGCACAUCUACGUCUCGCUAUCCCGAGGCUCCGUCACCGUCUACUCCCCGCACUGGAUCAAUCGACUGCGGACAAAUAAAUUCAUAUACUGGCUGUGUAUCAUACUGCAGCUGUGGAUAUUGACAUGGCCUAUAAUUUGGUUUUUGGAACGCCGCUACGAGGUCGUGCGGUCAGUGUGGUAUUCGUCGCGAGAUGUCAAAGAUAGUCGGCAUCCCGCUGGGUGGCGGAAGGUGUAUGCGUGUGGACACGAUGAAAAUGCACUGGCGGAUCUAUGGGGCCCGGCUGUGACGCAGGCUGCAUGGGAGCGACGGUUGUAUGGAGAUGUUCUUUCAGAGCAAGAGGUAGAGCGGUUACUGCGAGCUGGGAGGGAACGUAGAGAACGGAGGGGGAUUGUGAUUGAUCCUCUCGUACUGGGGAUGGUGAGGGGAGUGGGCCAAGUUGGACGAUGGGAUAUGACAUGGGGAUGGGGUGCAGACACCUAG